CAGACACACGAUGUUCCUGUCCAUCUUUGCAAGGAAAAGGAAACACUUAUAACGACUGUUUGACAGAUAUUUAUAAAAUGAAAUGUCAUACUUACUCUGCACUGUGAGCUGACCUUAUAUUGUCCGUCAGCGAUGAGAGGAGGUCAGAGCUGAAGAUGAAAGCACACAGAUGGGUUGUGUCUGUAAAAACGGAAUACACAUCGUAGGAUAGAAAAUAGUGAAAUAGCUCCGAAGGUUUUCCUGCAGAUGUCUGAGUUGGGGGCAGCUCAGGUCAUUGAAGAAUCCUGGUUUUGCAAGCAUCCACUCGGACUAAUAUGUACACCUCAACAGGUCUGACCUUCCUCCUGGCUCUUACUUUCACACUUCAAACGUUUAGUGGCAGGUGUGGCAGUGGUAGGUGAGGUGUCUGAUCCUGAAGUCCCCAACAUCACUUCAAAUUUGGAACCAUGUGGAACAAUGAUGACCAGACGGGACAGGUGGCUGCCAGGAUGGAGACUACUCUGGGCAGUGCGAGCAUCUCCAUCUCCCAGCAGCAAGCACCCAAGAAAUUUGCCCCUGUGGUCGCGCCCAAGCCCAAGUUCAACCCUUACAAACAGGGGGGGGAGCCCACCCACUCGGACCCAGCAGCGGACUACCCCCCCCCUCCACCACCUGCGGAAGAGUCAACCGGUUUCUCUCCCCCCUCCGGUUCCUUCCCUCCUCCACCAGUGAUGAACUCGUGCGACUAUCAGGUGAAAGGACCAGAGAAGACCCUGCAGGAGAGACGCUCCAGUCUGGACGCUGAGAUCGACUCCCUCACCAGCAUCCUGGCAGACCUGGAGAGCAGCUCGCCCUACAAGCCCCGGGUCACACAGAACUCUGUCCCCUCUGCACCCUCCACCCCCAAUGUUCCAGUGACUGGUUACAAGCGUAUGGUCAUUCCAACGCAGCCACCUCUGACUGCCACCAAGAAAUCUACACCCAAACCUCAGGCCCCAGGAGGAGGCUUGUCUACCCUCCCUUCUUCUGCCAGCCCGUUGACCAAGCCUCAAGUCCAAACAGCUCCUCAGCCGGUGCCAGCCUCCUAUGCCACAGCCUCAACCCCCAGCCAGCCCACCUUCAAUGUCCAAGUGAGGUCCGCCCAGCCCGGCCCCCAGCAUCAGGCCCCGAUAGGGCACCAUUAUGGCCAGCAACCCAUUCGCAGCCCUGCACAGGUGCAGUACAUGCCUGCCCAGCCCAAAGGUCCGGACUUUGCCUAUGGACCACCACAGCCUGGCUUUUCCCAGAUGGCCCAGGGUGCAUAUCAAGAUCAGCACCAUCCAGGAGUUCAUCAAGUGGGUGGUUUAAGCUCCAGAAGAGCUGAGCCUGCCCCUGCCCAAGCAUACCAGCCACCAGGCCCCAGAAAGACCUACAUCACAGAUGUUCCACCAAGCCUGGCUGCCUACACUGUUGGACCAGCUGUUCCACCAAAGGGCAACCCUCACAUGGCCCACCCUGAGGAUGAGCUGGAGCGCCUGACCAAGAAGAUGCUGUUUGACAUGGACCACCCACCGUCUGAGGAAUAUUUUGGGCGCUGCGCCAGCUGUGGAGACAACGUGGUGGGUGAAGGCACCGGCUGCACCGCCAUGGACCAGGUCUUCCAUGUGGACUGCUUCGUCUGCAUGACCUGCAGCAGCAAGCUGCGUGGCAAACCUUUCUACGCUGUGGAGAAGAAGGCGUAUUGUGAGCCUUGCUAUAUUAACACCCUUGAGACCUGCACCAUCUGCAGUAAGCCCAUCAUGGAGCGCAUCCUGCGGGCCACGGGGAAGGCCUACCACCCUCACUGCUUCACCUGCGUGGUGUGCAGCCGCAGCCUGGACGGAGUGCCUUUCACCGUGGACGCCUCUAACCACAUCCACUGCAUCGAGGACUUCCACAAGAAGUUUGCUCCGCGUUGCUGUGUGUGCUCUGAGCCCAUAAUGCCGGCGCCGGGUCAGGAGGAGACCGUCCGGAUCGUAGCCCUGGACCGAGACUUCCACGUGCAGUGCUACCGCUGCGAGGAUUGUGGCUCUCUGCUGUCAGAGGGGGAUAACCAGGGAUGCUACCCCCUGGACGGACACGUCCUCUGCAAGAACUGUAACAGCAGCCGCAUCCAGGACCUGACCGCCAAGGCUACCACUGACCUCUGAACCAGCCCCCCUAAACCCCCCCACCCCAACUGUGAUACCACACCACUCGCUCGCUCUCUCACAAACUUACCCAUCCACAGAAGCUUGCAUUCCUCAGCACACACUCAUGGCAUCACGUGUAUCUAUAGAGUCGGUACAAUCACAGCAGAGAGAUGUGAGGCUUUAACUGAGCUAAGGACUGGUUCGAGAUUUUGGGAAAUACACUUUGAUGUGACAGGGUUCUAGAAGACUGAGGCCACCUUCGUGUCAGUAAGUUUUAUGUGAUAUACAGUCAGCAGGUAUUCAGACUAGGAUAAAGCCGUGAUACAGACUGCCUUCCGCCCCACAAGAUCCAAUUUGGACGUAAUUAUGACGUAAGAGCAGGUGAAAUGAAAAAGCUCACACGCCAAAACUCCCUGGUUCCCCUGGUUCCACUCUUUAUGCUAAGCUCAGCUUCAGAUGUCCACAUGUAGAAAAGCGACUUCAAUCUUCUGUUCUGACUCAAAAGAAAAAAACAAAUAUUUCCCAAAAUCUCAAAUCUUUAAAGGACUCAGUUAACAGCAUGUCUUCACUCAGUGUUAUUAUCUCAUAUCAGAAUCCUCCAGCAUGUCCUCACCAGCGUGCGUGUGUAUUUAAAUGUCCUGCCGAUUGGUUCUUUGGAUCUGAAAGGGGGUCUGACUCCGCCAACAUGUGACAUGUAUGACAGGUGCAGAUGUGUAUGACUGUAGCGGUAUCAGUAUUUAGAAAACCUGAGCGUGCAUUUUGUUGGUCUGAACAUUUUUAAUUCUAAUAUUUCUCACAGAUCACAGACAUACGGUACAUAUUAUCACAGGAGCUUAUUACUGCAAAACACUUAACUGAACACCAAAGAAUUUAAUCUGCCGUAUUCACUGUGUACAUAUUCCGCAACUAUUUUAAAUAUAACGGGACCACAGUAAACCUAAACAGUAGAGUGUCAAAGACAAGCCCUCAGUAGGCAGCUGCUGAAUGCCAUUCCCUUUUUAACAUCCAUCUUUUUACUCUCUAAUUGAAUUUGCUGUUAUGUUUCAUUAUUUUCUGUCGGCCUAAAGAGUACAAUCAUCAUUCUAACAGAAAGGGCCUAUUACCUGAGUUUUAUUAUAUGGUUUUUGAGCAGAGAAUUGUGUAACUUUUUCUCUCAUUUACAUGUCAUAGAUUACAUUAGGGAUUGUUCUGUCUGAUAGAAAUAACAGAUUAGGAAUGUCUAUGCAAUUUUUGAUGUUAAUUGCAUCGACACUUUAUAUGAAAUUUUAUGAAUAAGGAAAUAUUUUACCUGUACAGAUUAAAGCACAAGUGCCCUUAUAAUGAUCCUUUAAUGGAAACCAUGAUGUGGAUCUGUGUGACUUCGUACCAGUGACACUCAGUAUGUUUAAAGGUGACGGUCGAAGAAGGAGCCAUGACAGUUUCCCACAAAGUGGUUUUAUUAUUUGUUCCAUCCAAGAGUCAGUCAUUGAGCAGCAGAUUCACUGUUGAUUUGAUAGUUACUUUUUACAAUUACUAGAGCAAUGUGAAGUUUGUGAGUUAUAGGAACCCUGUGGAGUUUUCACCACCAGUAGCUGGAACCAUGAUUUUAAGAUUGGGUUCUCAUUGAGCAAAGGCCUGGCCCAAGUUAACGCGAUUAAGAACAACAUACGGUGCAGCCCUAAUAAGACAGGAAGUGUAAUCCGUCCCUGGCUGCAGGCUCUCAGCUCGGGGGUGAUGUGAUGCAAACAUCUUAAGAUGGUCUGCUGCUCCACUGACCCACAGUUGGUGGAAGCCGUGUUUUAAAAAGGAGCAGCAGCAGACUACCCGUUAGCUGUUAGCAUGUAGCAUGUUACCAUUCAAAGUGUCCAAACAGGCGACUCCACAGAUGUUUAUUGCCAAAGGGUGUUUGAUUCACAUGAAUCACAGUGCAUUUAAACAACAGUGUGUGUAAUAUUAAGGCCGGUUUGCUGGAGGUCUACAGUGUUUCUCAGCCCGAUAACACAUGUGUUGUGAAUGUGAUGGAUAUAUUAUGAACAAAGCAUUAUUAUCUCUUUAUUGUUUUCUUCACACAUUGAGAGACUCUGUUUAGUGCCAUUAGGGUAGCACAUGAUCAUACUGACGUGUGUGUACUGUAAUCAGGUCCUUUGCUACACCACAGCUUUGAGCCAUGUGUUACCCACGGUUACACUCUGUACAUAACCUUGCCAAUAAGCCCAAUGAUAUAAAUAAUUCAUAAACAAACAUUCAUCAAACCUUUGCCAGGACGCAUCUUCUACAUGAGGAGGAGAACACCUGAUUAACCAUUCAAGGCAGGGCGAACUGCACCCCAUUUUUACAUCAGUGUUUGGAGAGGUCACAGACAGAAACCCCUAACCCUUAAUUUUUAAUAACCCUUAGUUUAAUGAACAAACCCUUAAACAGUUCAGUGCAACUCACCAGCGCACUUGUAAUGGAUCUUAAAGGCUUGUUAUAAAUAUCAAAUUUAGCUGGCAACACAAUGUUCUGUCAUAACUAGCACCUUUUAUUUUAUAUAACCAGUUAUUAAAAUAGAUAACUAUAAUUAGUUUAAGGACAAAAUGUUCCCUAGUAACAGAAAACACUUUCUCCAGGUCCACCGAGUCAUGAGGUUGGCUGUUAGGCCGUUGACUCAGUAAGUCAUAUGAUGGUGAUGGUUGUCAGGCAACAAAGGGCAAGAAGACCCUCUUUAUAUCAUGAUGUCACAUUGGUUGCUAGGUGUUCAGCGCACAGGGAAGUGACUGCAGAUCCGGCUAAGUUAGCAUUGACAGCGGUCCUCCUGAUGGGCUGGGAUCGUUCCACAGGGUUAAAUGUGCAUCACAAUAUUGAUUUCAAAGGGACUAAACAGUCAAAUAUAAAAUAAAAUAAAAACAACCUACAGCUGAACAAAAGCCAUGCAGUAGUGCUUAAUACAAUUCUCAUUUGAAACAAGGAGCCAGUGUGCUGUGGUUUAUUCCCAAAGAUAUUCUGAAGCAUAUCAUUGUAUCAGAUCCUCCUCUGGCUCUGUGUCUGCAGGACAACAUGUGCUUUCCACUGCAGACUGUUACUGUCCCCUUAGGAAUUCAGUAUGAUGAUUGGCAAAUGUAAUAGCAUUAUUUUAUUUGAUGUACGUUGGACCAAUCAGAAGUGUUGUUUGCAGCACAUGCUCCCACCUUGUGCCAUGUUAAAAUCCAGAUGAAAGAGCUGUGGUUUGGUAAAGUAUGUGAGGUUAUUCUAAAGCCACACACUAAAAUGUGCAAUGGAAAUGUGUGUCACUCAUCGGGACCCACAGAAUUAUCACAGCAGGCCGGCUGUUAGCAGCCAGCUGGGGAGUGGGUCUGUAGUGGGCCGGACCAAACAGGUUUAAGCUGAUUAUUUCAUAACGAAAGAUAGUAGGCAAGCUCCAUUUUAAUACAUAGGCUUCAAAUUGCUCAGUAUAAAAAACAUGAACAAAACUUUAUGUCUGACGUACGGAAGCCCUGAGAGGCAAGAGAGAAGCAUUUUAUACGUGUGGUUGAAAUGGUUUUCUCUCUUGUGUUUUAGGCGUUUUUUAUUGUUUCAUAUUUUAUUAUUGGCUUAUUAGCACGUUUGUACAAAGUGUGCUCGUUCACAUAGUUAAAGCUCAUGUGCCAUAAAAGCUGUGUUAAACUCUCCUGUUGCUAUGUUAUAACGGACAGUCUGUGAACACAUCUGAUGCAAAGCUGAUAAGUAUAACGACUGUAAUGGUUUUUUAAAUUUGGUUUUAUGUAUUAGGGUUGUCUAAUGUGUUGUUCUUCCUGUGUUUGUGUCGGUGCCUCUGGCUGAGCAGACAGUGUCCGUUCUGUUGCUGGGGGCUCCACAUGUUGCCUCCCUCGAAGAUGCUGCCAUGUUUACUUUUCUUUACCAAAGAAGACGUUUCAAUCAGCCGCGGGGCGUGAGGCAGCAGUCCAGAGUGAAAGCUGGACGCUGUGGGGUUAGUAAAGCAUCUAUCGGUCAUUGGAAGAGGCAUGUAGUCAACUGGUGUUUCUUUUUUCUUUCUUCAAUAAAAGCUUUGCAAUAG